AUGUGUCGUGCACCAUUUUUAGAGUUCCCACUUGAUAUUCUUUUUCUAUUCACACAUCUGUUUUCCAUUGGUUUCAUUUACUUUGAAGGUGGACUACAGCAAGUCGGAAUUUUAGUCUUUGGCAACCCGGUUGGUGCUGAAUGUCAUCUGAUAAGAGUUGCUAUUGAUCAGCUGUACGGAUUGUUCGUUUCACGGAUGCAGGUUGCUAUGAUGCCUGGCCAGUCACCAUCCUCAACUUUAAAUGGAAAUGCCUCGACGCCGGAUCCUCCUGCUCCUACAUCGGACGGCGAUCGUUUACGAGCAUCGAUGGAGGCUUGGAAGCGAAGUGCUGCCGUAGCAAGUGAACGCUAUGAAGAAGCUAGACAGAGGCAAAUUGCUGUUGAAAGAGAUGAUCGUCAGGAAUUACGGAAAAGGUGGUUGGAAGAAGAAGCGAAGAAGCGCUCCGAAAACCUGGGAAAACAUAAGGAGGCUCUAAAUAGUAACAAUUUGGCAUCGACCAUGCCACCGCCCUUGUAUCAGUCCACUCCUAUCAGUCGGGAUAAUAGAAAACGUCAUCUCGAUGUGAACGAUUAUGGCCACGAAGAGUGGAGACAAGGUUUUCGAAUGAUGGAAGGUGGAUGCAUGCCUGAUAUGUCGAAAACGUCCUCGGAUAUGUACUCUAACAUGAGUUAUCCACCAAAUGGAGCCGGUUUCUAUCCAGGAAUGAUGGUUCCAAAUAUGCAUCAACAAUCCGUCAAAGGUAUGCCACCUGGAUAUUGCCAAGGUCCGUACGCCAACAACACUGCCUAUCCGCCUGGUUCAUACCCCACUAACACUGGCAUACCGAACAUGGCUAAUGGCCAAUUCCCUACCUCCAAAUCCACUCCCUCCUUCCGAACAGCGUCGUACCCAACACCUGCUGGUGCACCUCCCUCGAUGACGUGCUCUACGAUGCCGUCCACGUCUACGGCUGAUUCGACGCCAAAUCAACGGUUCAGUUCUAUGGACCUGCCUCAGUUCCCUGUUUCUGCGGAUUCCACGCCUACACUGCCACAGCAGCCACAUUCGCAGUUUUCGACAACGGAUUCUACGCCGUACAAUUGUGGAAUUCGACCGAGUCCGUCGAUGUGUCCAACGUCGCCGAAUGAGGUGCCAACUCCCCCAGCAUUGGCCAGCUCAACGAGCGUUCCUGUUGGAGGUUCUUGUCCCAACUCAACGGCUGCUGUUGAACAGAAUCUUCGUAGCCCUGCAGAAGAUCUCGGAUGCAACGCUGUCAAUGAGGACAACAUGACGCGGAUGCUAACUACGAUACGAAAUGACAGUCUUGGGAUGUUAGGAGCGGAUGCUGUCGACUCAUUAUUCGACAACGAAAGUAAUGGCGAAAACAGCGCUGGACAGGUGCCGCUGGUGACGUCGACGGACAAUACUUCAUCUCCCGCUCCGUUUUCUCACGGAGGACCGCAAAGUGUUCACUCCGUGCACUCGGCCCCUCAAAGCAAUGGAAAUUGCAACCCGCCCUCCACUCCUACGGCAUCCGUUGCGACUCCAUCAGCUCCGCAAUCGACCACGUUCAAUCAGCAAGUAUCAGGCUCACAAUCCACUUUUCCUCAAGCAUCUCCGUCACAUUCCUCAUCAUUCCCCUUGCCUUCCCCAUCGCAGCAGCCAAAUGGAUACCCUCAAACGAUAGCACCCGGCCAACCGUCGCCUUUCACCCAAAACUCACAAUCGCAAUCUUCGUUCUUCACGCAAUCAUCAUCCUCGCAAAGUGGAAACUUUUCAAACUCGAUGGCUCAAUCGACGUCGUUUCCGAUGGCGCCUUCAUCUCAAACUGCCGGAUUCGCUACCGCAACACCUGCUCAGCCAUCUGCCUUUCCACAGCAGCAAAAUGUCAUGCAGCAGAAUGCGUUCGCUCAGCAGAUGCCGACAGCUUCAGGAGGAUUCGCGCAACAGGGUCCAAUGGCAGCGACAUCGACUCCAUACCCCGCGCCAGGCGUUGGAGGAGUCAUGGGUCCAGAAUCAGGUUUUGUUGGACAACAGGGCAUGAUGAACUCAGGAUUUGCCAUGAAUGGCUAUCCCAGUUACGAUAUGCAAUCGGCUCAAAUGAACCAACAACAACUUGCAAUGCAGGCUCAACAGCAGCAAAUGUCGAUGGGAAUGAACGGGGCUGGUGCUAUGACUGCCCAACAGUAUCACAUGGUCAUGAUGCAGAAACAUCAACAAAUGAAAGCUAUGAUGCAACAACGAGCAGCUCUCAUGUACCAAGGUUAUCCGAACGGAGCUAUGUCGCAACAGCAGUAUUUUAUGCAUAUGCAGAAGAUGCAACAAUCGCGAUUCGCAAGUGGUAUGGAUCCUUCCAAUCCGGCAUUUAUGGGCGGCCAACGAAUGAUGGGAAUGAGAGGAGGUCCCAUGGCCCCCGGCUCGAUGAUGGAGCCUAUGGCACCGACCGGUCCCUAUCCAGCGUAUUCACAAGGCAUGCAACCGUUUGCACCACAACAGCAGAACUAA